UGACGAUGAUGAGCAACUGCGAUUCUUCCGCUCGGGACUGUUACGUAAAUGACCAGUUUAUGUUUUCAGAAUUCAUGUUCUAACUAAGUUAAUGUUGAGUUAAAGUUGAGUUAUUGUUGAGUUAAAAUUGAGGUAUAGUUGAGGUAAGGUUAAAUUAAUCGCUCCGUAUUGUUGGAUUAUUUACACUAGAAGAGAGAUGGUGCUGAAAUCUGAAGACGGUGUCGUACCCGAAGACCUCACUCCUGAGGAACAGAAAGAGCUUGAAAACAUCCGGCGUCGAAAGCAAGAGCUACUGGAUGACAUUCAGCGUCUGAAAGAUGAGAUCGCUGAAGUGACCAGUGAGAUUGAGAACCUGGGUUCUACAGAGGAGAGGAAGAACAUGCAAAGGAACAAACAAGUGGCCAUGGGUCGCAAAAAGUUCAACAUGGACCCUAAAAAGGGAAUCCGAUUCCUCAUUGAGAAUGAUCUUCUGAAGAACACCAGUGAAGACAUUGCUCGCUUCCUCUACAAGGGUGAAGGUCUUAACAAGACUGCCAUAGGAGAUUAUUUAGGAGAGAGGGAUGACUUCAACAUCCAGGUCCUUCAUGCUUUUGUGGAGCUGCACGAGUUCACAGAUCUAAACCUUGUUCAGGCGCUCAGGCAGUUUCUCUGGAGUUUCAGACUUCCUGGUGAAGCCCAGAAGAUUGACAGAAUGAUGGAGGCGUUUGCCCAGCGCUACUGUCAGUGUAACUCUGGGGUCUUCCAGUCUACGGACACAUGCUACAUCCUGUCCUUUGCCAUCAUCAUGUUGAACACCAGCCUUCACAACCCAAAUGUUAAAGACAAGCCCGCAGUGGAGCGUUUCAUCUCCAUGAACAGAGGCAUCAAUGAUGGAGGAGAUCUGCCAGAAGACCUGCUCAGGAACCUGUAUGAUAGCAUCAAGAAUGAGCCCUUCAAAAUCCCUGAGGAUGAUGGCAAUGACUUGACUCAUACUUUCUUCAACCCAGACAGAGAGGGCUGGCUGCUCAAACUGGGAGGACGUGUUAAAACUUGGAAAAGACGAUGGUUUAUUCUCACAGAUAACUGUCUUUACUACUUUGAGUACACUACUGAUAAAGAACCACGAGGUAUUAUUCCGCUGGAAAACCUCAGCAUUCGUGAAGUAGAGGACAAGAAACCGAACUCCUUUGAGCUCUUCAUACCCGACAACAAGGAUCAGGUGAUCAAGGCUUGUAAGACAGAGGCCGAUGGAAGAGUGGUGGAGGGAAAUCACACUUUCUACCGCAUCUCUGCUCCUACAGCUGAGGAGAAAGAUGAGUGGAUGAACAGCAUCAAGGCAGCCAUCAGCAGAGAUCCAUUCUAUGAGAUGCUGGCUGCGAGGAAAAAGAAGGUCUCCUCUAUGAAGAGACACUAGAGCAUCACAGAAUGAAGAUGUUAAGAGAUUCGGGGAUGCGGUGUCUAAACUGCUUCCUCUAGUGGAGACAACUGAGCUGUGCAUCACCACCAAUUCACAGGCUUACUGAGAGAAGAAACAUUUAAAUGACAACCAGAGAAAAAUCUAGAAGAGUGUGUGUAUCUAUAUGUAUGUGUGCGUGUUGGAGGGAAAUCAGUGGACUUUUUCCUCAGAACCCCCAAAGAGAACAAUUGUUCCUCAUGCUUAACCAAAACCUGGUCUUUCUUUUCUCUCUUGCACACUUUGUAUGAUCUGAGCUCAGCAGGUCUGAUAGAAUGAGGAAAACAAAAAAGUUCCUUCUUGUGUUUGAGAAAGUGAAGAUUUCCUUCAAUGCUCUGAUGUGUAUAGGCAAUAAGUGUAUUUUUCCAUUUUUAUUCUGCAAAAGGGGCUUGGUCGUCAAAGCCUUAUUUACAUAUUUAACUGUUAAUGCUUUUUCAGAAACUACUGUAGUUUACAUCAAGACCAAGAAAACUAAACUCAAGAGGGUGGAAAAUCCCCCAAAAUAUUGUCAGCUUGAUUGGACAUUUGCUUUUAUUCAGCAUGUGUCAUAGUAAGAUGAGCGUAUGAGCGUGUUGUGAUGAGCACCAGCUGUGUGUGUGUGUGUGUGUGUGUGUGUGUGUGUGUGUGUGUGUGUGUGUGUGUGUGUGUGUGUGUGUGUGUGUGUGUGUGUGUGUGUGUGUGUGUGUGUGUGUGUGUGUGUUGUUUCUAGCUGAAUAUCAUUGCAUUGUUUCUACCUUUUACACAGACAGUGAGGUUCAGGUUCCAGCAUCUCAUUGAAUGAAUAAAUCUGCCUAACAACAGUUUACAGUAAUAUUUGUUACUGUGCCCUUAGUUUCCUCUCUUACUUAAAUUAGUUGAUUUUAUCUGGGGUUUCCAUCAGUCUUGCAGUUAUUCUUUAUUAUUCUUAAUCUAAGCAGUAUUGGAUUAAUUUAUAUUGUUAUAAGUUGUAUAUACUUUAGUAUAUAUAGAUUUUUUUGUUUUUUAUAAAUGUUAUAUUUAGCAGUAUUGUCCUAGUUAAGUGACUUCAUCUUUUCUUUCUCAUUUUGGUUUUGGAUGUAGAAACCGUUGCAAUGGUGGCAAGACCUUUCUAAAAUAAUAAUAAUAAAUCAUCUGUAUCUUGGUUACAUUGCUUUAGAUUGUUGAAUGCAGAUUUAUAAUGUAAUGAAUCAAAUGGUUAUCGGUGAAGAAA